CACUACUUGAAAAAAAAAAAAAMAAAAUCUGAUAAUCUUCUGGAGCAGUAGAGAAAGAUUUGCAAAAAUAAUCAGCAAGUGCUUCUCAGUCAAGAUCAUAGUUACUUAAUUGUUAUAAAAAUCUAAGUGAUAUAUCAAAAAUGGCUCUUUCAGUAAUGCUGCGUAAUGCCGGCAAAUUGAAUGUUGUAGGACUAGGUAAAACGGCCCUAUCYUUGCCCAUGAAAACUUUGACAACAAAGAGUACUCUUUCUGCAGAAAGUUUGAAGACUUUAACUAAACUGAAUAAUGCACAGUGCUUGUCAAGAAACUUCUCAUUAAGCUCUCCUAAGAUGUCUGCAGCUAAAGGCAAUCACACACCUUUAUGGACCGCUGAACGCCUGAUAUCUCUUUCCCUGCUGGGUGUUGUUCCUGCCGCUUUUAUYUACCCUUCGCAAACGCUCGAUGCUCUACUUGCAGUUUCUGUAGUCCUUCACUCACACUGGGGUGUGGAGGCCAUAAUUACAGAUUAUGCUCGCCCGCAAGUGGUUGGACCACUCUUACCAAAAGUCGCCCAUGGUGCCUUGAUAUUACUGUCUAUUGCAACCCUUGGUGGACUUUUCUAUAUCAUACAAAAUGACGUCGGAAUUGCCAACUCCAUUAAACAGAUUUGGAAGAUCAAGCCUGCUGGAUCUGGUUCAGCUGUUGAGGAAGCGAGCUCUAAAUAAUUGCUGUGUUUUUUUCAAUUCAUUUCAUUCAAUACGUUACAUUAGAACASUUUAAAAAUUGUAAUAAAUUUACAUCGUUAUGUCAAACAGGCCUGCAACACCUAGAAACGUAAAAUUUUGAUAUUUGUAUUCGAACCUACAUGAAAUGUAACUAAUGAAGAAGAAAAUCUGUUACUUUUACGAAAUUUAAGUGUAUUAAAUGCAGUUACCUUAAUACAAUGGUAAACCUAUGAACAAUGAAAUAAAAUUAAACAUCAAUGUUGA